AUGACUUCUACCGAUACUUACUUGGCCAUCCCGGGCUCCGUUGCCUUUUCCCGCUCACGGGGACAGGCUGUUGCUGCUAGCAUCGGUGUCCAGGAUGUCCGGGCCCAGUGGAUUCACUAUGUGCACACUACUCAACCACUGGAUGAGCCCCAGCGUGCUGUGCUUGAGCAAUUGCUCCAGUACGGUGAUAUCACGGAUAUCCCUCCCACCUUCGAUUCCGCCGACGGUCAAUCCGAUACCUUCUAUAUUUUCCCCCGAACCGGUACCGUUUCGCCAUGGAGCUCCCAGGCAACUGGUAUCUCGCACGUCUGUGGUUUACAGAAGUACGUCAAGCGGAUCGAACGGGGUAUGAAGAUCUCGUGCCUUCGCACCAGUGUAGAGGACUACAAGUCUAAUUACAUGGAUACUCUUCAUGAUCGGAUGACUCAAAUCAUCGGCAAGGAUGAGCCCGAUUUGAACCUCAUGUUCUCCGAGCACGCUCCUCAGCCCCUCAAGACCAUCUCCCUCCAAGGCGGCACCAAGUCCCCCAAGGAGGUUCUUCAGGAGGCGAACAAGGAGCUAGGUUUGGCUCUAGAUGAAUCAGAGAUCGAUUACUUGGCUGAAGCCUAUGGCCCGAAUGGUGCGAUUGCCCGUGACCCGACUGAUGUCGAGCUCUUCAUGUUUGCUCAGGUCAACUCGGAGCAUUGCCGACACAAGCAAUUCAAUGCCUCCUGGGUGAUUGAUGGCAAGCCCAUGCCGAACAGUCUGUUUGCCAUGAUUCGCAACACACACAAAAAGCACCCCGAACACACCAUCAGUGCCUACAGUGAUAACGCCGCCGUUCUGGAGGGUCCCGAGGCCGCGUUCUGGGCUCCCGAUCCAACCACCGGGCAAUGGAUGCACACCAAGGAAGUCGUGCAUUUCCUGGCCAAGGUCGAGACUCACAACCACCCCACUGCAGUCUCACCCUACCCAGGCGCGGCUACAGGAUCCGGCGGUGAGAUCCGUGAUGAGGGUGCUGUUGGUCGUGGCUCGCGCCCUAAGGCCGGUCUUUCGGGUUACUGUGUGUCAGACCUUCUGAUUCCCGACCUGAAGCAGCCCUGGGAGCUUGAUGUCGGAAAGCCGAACCACAUUGCUAGCAGUUUAGAUAUCAUGUUGGAGGCGCCAAUUGGUAGCGCUGCUUUCAACAAUGAGUUCGGCCGCCCUUGCAUUGGUGGAUACUUCCGCACUCUGCUUACCGAGAUUGAUGUGGGCAAUGGCGAAACGGAAGUGCGAGGAUACCACAAGCCCAUCAUGAUCGCCGGUGGUGUUGGAACCGUUCGCCCGCAGCACGCCAUCAAGCACCCAGACGUUGUCAAGCCGGGUGCUUUCCUCGUCGUUCUGGGUGGCCCAGCAAUGCUUAUUGGCCUUGGAGGAGGUGCUGCCUCAAGUAUCGCCUCUGGUGAGGGAUCUGCUGAGCUCGAUUUUGCUAGUGUACAGAGAGGCAACGCUGAAGUUCAACGGAGAGCCCAGGAAGUCAUCAACGCCUGUACAGCCAUGGGAGACAACAACCCCAUCAAGUUCAUUCACGACGUUGGUGCCGGUGGCUUGUCUAAUGCCCUUCCCGAGCUGAUCCACGACUCUGGAUUGGGAGCUAAAUUUGAGCUCCGUGAAAUUGACAACACCGACCGCAGCAUGAGCCCCAUGCAGAUUUGGUGCUGUGAAGCUCAAGAGCGCUAUGUCAUGGCUGUUGGCGAGGAGAGCAUGAACAAGUUCACUGCCAUCGCCCAGCGUGAGCGUUGCGGCUUCUCCGUUGUCGGACGUGGUGGCGGUUCAUCCGAGGAGGAAAAGAGACUUAUUCUCCUUGACCGAGAGUCCAAGGAGUACCCGACUCCGAUUGAUCUUCCUCUAUCUGUGCUUUUCGGCAAGACUCCUCGCAUGACCCGAACUGUCGAUUCGCGAAAGCUGGUGCUGCCUGCCGUGGACUCUAGCCUCAGCAAGUAUCUUCCCUCUCUUACCUCGAAGAUGGAGAUUGUUGAUGAAGCCAUCAAGAGAGUUUUGUCUUUGCCCGCAGUCGGUUCCAAGUCUUUCUUGAUCACCAUUGGCGAUCGCACUGUUGGUGGCCUUACGGCUCGUGAUCAGAUGGUUGGCAAGUGGCAGACACCCGUUUCAGAUGUUUCAGUCACAGCCACUUCCUUGGCCCAAGGAAUUAAGACCGGUGAGGCCUUUGCCAUGGGUGAAAAGCCUACCCUGGCUCUGAUCUCUGCAGCUUCGUCUGCCCGCAUGGCCGUUGCUGAGUCGCUCAUGAACUUGGCUGCUUCUGAUCUUGUUGACCGUCUCAGCCAAGUGAAGCUGUCAGCCAACUGGAUGUCCGCUGGUAGCCACCCUGGCGAGGGCGCUGCUAUCUACGAAGCCGUCGAGGCUGUCGGUUUGGACCUGUGUCCCAAGCUUGGCAUCAGUAUUCCCGUCGGCAAGGACUCCAUGUCCAUGAAGAUGAAAUGGAAGGACGAGUCCUCGAAUGAGGCCAAGGAAGUCACUGCUCCCAUGUCUUGUGUUAUCUCUGCCUUUGCGCCAGUUGGCGAUUUCACCAAGACCUGGACCCCGGCUCUUCGUAGCUUCGAACAAGUUGGAGAGACUGUUCUCAUGUUUGUUGACCUCUCGUUUGGCCGUAAGACUCUUGGCGGAUCAGCCCUUGCCCAGGUGUUCAAUGAAGUCGGCUCUGAGUGCCCUGAUGUUCGCGAUGUUGAUCUCUUCCGGGACUUCUUCGAUGCUACACAGCAGCUUCAGGAAGCUGGAAUCGUCUUGGCUUACCACGACCGCUCCGAUGGUGGUCUUCUGACUACUCUUGCUGAGAUGAUGUUCGCCGGUCGCUGUGGUGUUGAGAUCAUGCUUGACAACAUCUGUGCUUCUUUCAACACCAAGGAUGUCAUCGAGUCCCUCUUCACCGAAGAGCUCGGUGCCGUCUUCCAGGUUCGCAAGGAGCACGAGAUCCAGUUCCGCUCAUGCUUCGCCACUUGCGGUCCUCCUCCAGGUCUAAUCCACAAGAUUGGACGUGUCUCUCAGCAGCCUAAGCAGAACCUCACCAUCUACCACAAGGCCUCUUUGAUCUACCGCAACACUCGUUCCAACCUCCAGCAGACCUGGGCCAAGACCUCCUACCACAUGCAGAAGAUCCGUGACAAUGCCGACUGUGCGGAGCAGGAAUAUGCCAACAUUCUUGACGACGCCAACCCCGGUCUCUCAUGGAACCCUACUUUCGACCCCAAAGAUAAGGGCUUGCCCAUGAUGACCAGCCUUUCCCAGUACUCCCCCUUCUCUAACAAGCCCCGCGUUGCCAUUCUUCGUGAGCAGGGUGUCAACAGUCAAGCUGAGAUGGCAUUUGCCUUCAACACUGCCGGUUUCGCUGCCGUUGAUGUCCACAUGACCGAUAUUCUUUCCGGUCGCGUCUCUCUCUCCAGCUUCGCCGGUCUCGCCGCCUGCGGUGGAUUCUCAUACGGCGACGUCUUGGGUGCCGGCCAGGGCUGGGCCAAGUCCGUUCUGCUGCACGAGAACACCCGCAAGGAGUUCCAGGACUUCUUCGAGCGCCCCGACACUUUCGCCCUGGGUGUUUGCAACGGUUGCCAGUUCCUGUCUCGUGUUAAGGAGCUAAUUCCCGAUGCUGGCUACUGGCCCAGCUUCGAGCGCAACACCAGCGAGCAAUACGAAGGCCGUGUCUGCAUGGUCCGCAUCUCCGACCCCGACCCAUCCCGUCCCAGCGUCUUCUUCCACGGCAUGGACGGCACUUCGCUCCCUAUUGCUGUUGCUCACGGCGAGGGUCGUGCCUCCUUCGUCAACUCUCAGGGCAUCUCGGCUUCCGACUUCGUUCGCGAGGGUCUUGCUCCCGUCCGAUUCGUCGACAAUGCUUCCCUGAAGCCUACCAUGAAGUACCCCUUCAACCCCAACGGCAGUCCCGAGGGUAUCGCUGCUGUGCGCAGUCCCAACGGCCGUGUCCUUGCCAUCAUGCCUCACCCCGAGCGUACUGUCAUGAACGGCAUUGCCAGCUGGCUGCCUCCGAAGGCCGAGUCCUGGGGCGAAAUUGGUCCUUGGGGACGUGUCUUCUACAGCGCCAGACGCUGGGUUGGUUAG